GGCUGGUAUAAAAGCCCGACCACUCCCGCUGUUUGACUACUGUCACCAGCUCACGUCAGGUUACCGACAGGGCGAGUGUGCGAGCAGUUGUGUGAAUGUGAGUUUCUGGGAGAAUGGCGACGCUCGUGGCAUCGGUAGACGCCACAGAAUCGUUCUGCGGUGCCAACAGCACCAGAACCGGGAGCAUGACCUCGCCCACGGCGUCCGCGCGUCACUUCGACGACGGCAAAUUUUACCUGUUAGUGGUCGUUGGGGAGUUGGUUACAGUCGAACACCUCAAGUGUGCCAUUGCGGACAUAGAAAAAGGAAUUCGUACAUGGGAUACAAACCUCAUUGACUGCAACUUGGACCAGGAGCUGAAGCUUUUCGUUUCUCGGCAUUCAGCCAGGUUUUCUGCCGAAGUGCGAGGACAGAAGAUUUUGCACCACAAAAGCAGUGUACUGGAGACUGUAGUGCUAAUCAACCCUUCCGAUGAGGCUGUUAGUACUGAGGUUCGCUUGUUGAUUUCGGACUCAGCCCGCCACAAGCUGCUCAUUCUGGCAGGACAGUGUUUUGAGAACACUGGUGAACUAAUUCUCCAAUCUGGUUCCUUCUCUUUUUUCAACUUCAUUGACAUUUUCACAGACCAGGAGAUUGGAGAACUUUUAAGCACCAUACAUCCUGCCAACAAAGCAAGCUUAACCCUUUUCUGUCCUGAACAUGGUGACUGGAAGAAUUCCAAUCUUGACAAACACAGCCUACAGGAUUUCAUUAACAUUAAACUAAAUUCUCCAACAAUACUUCCAGAAAUGGAGGGCCUUUCAGAGUUCACAGAAUACCUCUCAGAAUCAGUGGAAGUCCCAUCUCCCUUUGACAUGCUUGAACCUCCCACCUCAGGUGGAUUCCUAAAGUUAUCUAAACCAUGCUGCUACAUUUUUCCUGGAGGCCGGGGUGAUUCAGCACUGUUUGCUGUUAAUGGCUUCAACAUGCUUGUUAAUGGUGGAUCUGACAGGAAAUCUUGUUUUUGGAAGUUGGUACGCCAUCUAGAUCGGGUAGAUUCCAUUCUUUUGACACACAUUGGAGAUGACAACCUUCCAGGGAUCAACAGCAUGCUGCAGCGAAAAAUUGCUGAACAGGAGGAGGAGCAAUCACAGGGAUCCACAGCCAAUAGUGACUGGAUGAAGAACAUGAUCUCCCCAGAUCUUGGGGUUGUUUUCCUUAACCUGCCUCAGACGCUUGAGAACCCAGAACCAAACUACAGAGUGCGGAGAAACAUUGAGGAAGCAGCACUCACUCUGCAGUACCUUAACAAGCUGUCUUUAAAACCAGAACCCCUGCAAAGGAACAUAGGGAAUAUAAUUGAACCAGUAAUACUUUUCCAAAAAAUGGGUGUUGGAAAGCUUGAAAUGUAUGUUCUCAAUCCAGCUAAGAAUAGCAAGGAGCUGCAAUACUUUAUGAAGCAGUGGACUGGUAGUGAGAAGGACAAGGCUUCAAUUCUAUUACCAAAUGGAAAUGAAUCAGAUCUCCCAGUCUCAUAUUUGUCUUCAAUCUCUUCACUGAUUGUGUGGCAUCCUUCUAACCCAUCUGAGAAAAUAGUGCGUGUUCUGUUCCCAGGUAAUGCCACACAAAAUAACAUUCUUGAAGGCCUAGAAAAGCUAAAACAUUUGGAUUUUCUUAAGCAUCCCAUUGUCACAGAGAAAGAGCUGUCUUCAAAUAUGGCACCAGCACUCAAGCAAGCAAAGAUGAAACACAAGACAGAUAGCAAAGAGAGUCUGAAAUCUAUCUCAAAAACAUCACCAAUUAAAACCACCAGAAAGGAGUCCAAAGAAGAAGCUCCUGAAAAGACAAAAAUUGAUGCUGAAGUAACUCAGGUGGGACUGCAGAAAGUAGAGAAGAAAGAAAAAACACCUGUCAAACGAGCAAAGAAUAUGGAAAAAGAGAUAAAACCUAAAUCUGAACAAACACCAAAAAUGGACACUCCAGAAAAAAAGAAAGUUGAUAUAAAAUCAAGAGUUACCCCCAAAGAAAAAAUUAUUAAAAAGGAGGCAAAAAAAGUGAAGGAUAAGAAUGAAGAUGAUAAAAAGGAAGAAAAAAAAGAUCACAAAGUAAUAUCCCAAAAAGAGGAAAAGGUCCAAAAUGAGGAGAAGUUGAAGAAAGAGGGGGUUAAGAAGGAGGUCAAAAAGAGGGAUAUAAGGAAAAAUUCCCCCUUGAAGGAGAGCAGGAAAGAAGAAAAGAAAGAGAUUAAAAAGGAUGAGAAAGAUCUUAAAAGAGACUCAAAGAAAACUGCAAGUUUAAAAAAGAAUAUUUCUGGCAUAGGUGAAGUGAAAAAACCUGCACCAAAACCAAAAUUGGCUACACAAGGAAAGACACCAAGCAGCGCUGCAAGAUUGAAAGAAAAGGGUAAAACCAAGACUGCUAAAAAAGAUACUGGAAAAUCUGUGGCAGCUUCUGCAUCAGAAGCAGUUCCUGUGGAAGUAGCCACUAUAGCCAGCAGCACAAAUGCUCUAGAGGAUGAAAGAUCCCGUAUGUCCUCCCCAGAAGACCUUACCAAGGAAUUUGAGGCUCUAAAAUCUGAGGAGAUUGGUGAAGAUGAAGAAAGCUUACCUCAGACCAAAACAGAUGAUGCUGAGCAAAUAUUAAUUCAGCAUGAAGAAAUCACUAUUUGCAAGGACUCUCCAGGAGCAGCAGAAUCUUUGGAUGAGGGAAUAACAAGCACAGAAGCUGAAGAGGAAUGUGGAGAUACUCCAGAGGAUCUAGAGCCUAAACAAAAAAUUAAUGGCAUCAGUAGUGAGAAAUUUGAAGAUGAGGGCACAGGACUUGAAGAGUCAUCUGAGGCAGGAGAUUAUGAAGAAAAGGGAGAUACAGAAAAACUAGACGAACAGGAACCAAUAAUGGAUGAUAAGUCUAAAACACAAGGACAAAGGGUGGAGGUAAAAACAGAGGUGGAACCUGAGGACAAAUACACUGGGCCAGCAGAAUACCAAAAACAUUAUGUAGAAAAACUUGACACAGAAACUGAAAGGAUUAGUUUGGCUGUGACUACUACUCCAAGGCUCUCUGCUCCUGCCUCCCCAGCUUCUAUUCAUGAUGAAACUCUGCCAGUAGGUUCAGAGAGUGAGGUGGCCUCAGAUGAUGAGAAUCGAGAUGAGCCUCCAGAGGAAUACACUACAUCUGGGCACACACAGUCUACAAUUGAGAUCUCAAGUGUACCGACUCCCAUGGAUGAUAUGUCAACUCCAAGAGAUAUUAUGAGUGACGAGACUACAAAUGACGAAACUGAGUCCCCCUCUCAAGACUUUGUCAAGUAUGGGAUUUCAGGGGACUAUGAUCGAAAGAAACUCCCACCACUCCAAGAUGUUCCUGAAUUAGAUCAUUCAAAGAGUGAUGCAACAGAGGGUCAUGAUUAUCAUGCCUCAGCUUCUACAAUUUCACCACCAUCUUCCCUCGAAGAAGACAAAUCUUGUAAGGCUUUUUACAGUAAACAUAGUGAUGGAUUCUCUUUUGACUCAGAAAAGCUGACUGCUGCAUCUGUGCACUUGCCCCUUGUGCGUUCACCCUCUGGAGACCAGAAUGUAAAUACUGACCUCAUUCAUACAGGUGUCUCAUCACCAGUUGAGCUAGGAACUACACUUACCAUGUCAUCAAAAAGGGUCAUGGACUCUUCAAAUAGUCCAGAUGAUAAAACACUAGAGGGCACUUCUCCUCAGUCUUCAGGGCAUACACCUUACUAUCAGUCUCCAGUGGAGGAGAAGGCUGGGGCUAUACUACAUGAGGAAAUCACUGACAAUCAAGGUCCCAUUAUUAUUGAAGUAACAAGUGACAAAGAGAAUUCACCAAGGGAGGCCAGUCCUAUUGAUGAAGCUGUUCCCCUAUCACCAGCAGGAAAGGUUCCAUCCCCAGAAUGUAAACCAGUGGUUUGUUGUAGUUCUUUCACAGGGAAUGAAGGAAAAACACACUUUGAUAGUCAGUUUUCAAGUCAGAUCACACAUGCUGAUAAAAAGUCAGCAAGCGGUGACAGCUCCUCUAUUUCAUACUCACUGCCACAAACGAAACUAGAGUCUUCCUCUGAUACAAUUCCUUUAACAACUUUCAAAGAGGAAAGUAAAAUGUCCAUAUCUGAGGGAACCACAUCUGAUAAGUCAGGCUCUCCAGUUGAUGAGGUUGUUGCUGAAGAUACAUUCUCUCAUAUUGCCUCAGCCUCAACUGCAUCACUUGCAACAAGUUCUUUGCCUGAACCCACAACAGACGAUGUCUCCCCAUCAUUGCAUGCAGAAGUGGGCUCCCCGCACUCCACAGAGGUAGAUGACUCCCUGUCUGUGUCUGUUGUGCAGACUCCAACUACAAUGCAAGAAGCAGAAGUUUCCCCAUCAAAGGAAGAAAGCCCUCGGCCAAUGUCAAUCUCUCCGGAUGUUUCACCCAAAACAGCUAAAUCAAGGACACCUCAGCAGGUCCUACAGUCUCCUGAACAUUCCACAUUGUCAGUGGGGUUUGGGCAGGAAUCCCCAGAUCACUCUUUUGCAUUAGACUUCAGUAAGCAAUCACCAGAGUACCCAGCUACAGGAAGGGCCCUGUGUACAGUAACUGAAAAUGGACCAACAGAGAUUGACUACAGCCCCACAGAUGGAGCUGAUUUCAGAUCAGGAGAACAACACAAACCAGGAGGCAACAGUGAGAUACCCAUGUUUUUCAAAGAGUCUGAUGGCAGUCAAGCUGCCUCUGGUUCUCCAUCAGAUGCUUCUCAGUCCACCCCAUCUGUUACAACACCCCCCCAAAUUGGUGGUAUCCGUGAAAUGUCUCCAAAUGCAGGUACUUGUUCAGAAUCUGUCACACCAAAAAUAUUUUCUCGUAAUCAGUCGCCCGUGUCCUCUGACUCUUCUUUAGUUCUGGGAGGUCCAAGCACCUCAGAUGGACUGAACAAAGGAAAAGCAAGUCCAACCUUAUUUUGUAACGAGGGUAUUUUUAAGACAGAGGACAGCAGACCAGAUUACAUCACCCCUCCAAAAGCUGCUUCCCCCUCAUCUUCUACAGAGGCAUCUUGUUUCCCACAGGAGACUGAUGUACAUGAAGGAGGGACAGUUCCAAUUACUUCUAAAUCAUCCAUCAGUCCAAAAAUGCCAUCUCCACCCACUCUAUCCCCUAACUGGCCAGAGCCACAAUUUUCUAGCAGCUCUUCACAUGCUGAAGAAGUAGCACAGAAGAUUACUGGCAGCUCUAGAGAUCCAGACAUCCCCCAAAAAAGUGUCUCUCCCCAGUCACGGUCCAAUGUUGACUUAUGUUUGGUAACCUCUUGUGAAUAUAGACAUCCCAAGACAGAGCUCUCUCCAUCAUUCAUAAACCCCAACCCUCUUGAGUAUUUUAUGAAUGAGGAGAAUCCACUGCAAGAGGAAAAGCCUCUAACUAAGUCUGGUGGAGGACCACCCCCAACUGGAGGAAAGCUACAGAGCAAGCAGUGUGAAGAAACUCCUCCAACCUCUGUUAGUGAAUCUGCACCCACCCAAACAGAUUCUGAUGUUCCUCCAGGAACUGAAGAAUGUCCUUCCAUAACUGCAGAUGCUAACAUUGAUUCAGAAGAUGACUCAGAAACUCUACCCACAGACAGGACCCUUACAUACCGACAUGCAGACCCUCCUCCAGUUGCAUCAAGAGACUCUGCUCCCGCCCCACCCUUUCCUGAUGUUUGCAUGGUGGAUCCAGAGGCCCUCAAGGCUGAGAACAACAAACUAAAAGAUUCUAAAAAGGAAGAGGGAGAGAAGCUGAAAAAGAAGAAAACUCUCAGCAAAACUAAGUCAUCUUCACCAACUAGAAAGAAUGGCCCAACUAAAACAAGUAUGGUCAAGGAGUCAAAAGUGGCCUCUGUAAAGAUUACUGAAGAAAAAGAUGCAAAAAAUGCAACUAAUACUUCAGCAUCAAGGGGUGUGAAAACUACAGGAGGCAGCAAGGCCAACAGUGGAUUGUCAGUACCCAACUGCCCUCCAGUGUACAUGGAUCUAGUUUAUAUCCCUAAUCAUUGCAGUGCCAAAAAUGUGGAUGUAGAGUUCUUCACACGAAUACGAUCCUCAUACUACGUGGUCAGUGGCAAUGAUCAGACAGCACAGGAGCCCAGUAAAGUAGUCCUAGAUGCUCUGUUGGAGGGGAAGGCUCAAUGGGAAAAUAACAUGCAGGUCACACUGAUUCCAACCCACGAUUCUGAUGUUAUGAGGGAGUGGUAUCAGGAGACCCAUGAGAAACAGCAGGACUUGAAUAUCAUGGUUUUGGCUAGCAGCAGCACUGUGGUUAUGCAAGAUGAAUCCUUUCCUGCAUGCAAAAUUGAGUUGUGAAUUAAGGGUUUGUCAGUUAAUCAGUUACUGAAUCAUUCUGUUGAUAAACAAUGAUUGGCAACAACUUAUAAACACAUAAAAUGACUGGACAAAACCAAUUUUUUCAAUAGGUGCGGUUAUUAACGUGUGCGAGAAAGAAAUUCACAGCUACAACUUCUGUGAAAGGAAGCAUGUCUUACCCAUUCAAUAAAAAUCUUUUGAAGUCACACUAACAUUUAAUAUAAUAAAAAUAAAUAACGUUUAAUUUAUUUAAAAUAAUGUCCAAGUUGAUCGGGCAGACCAAACAUACCAUACAUAUCACCAAACAUAGAAGCAAGCAAAAAAGGUGUGUACUUUUAAAAUUUUCCCUUGAGAGUCCCUGAUGAUUUCAAAAUCAACAACCUAUAUUUAAGUCAUAUAAAGGUCCAUUACAGAUUUGAACAACAUCAUCUACUUCAAGACUUAAGUAGAAGAGUUCUAAUUUAGAUAGCUCAAAAAGGCUACGCAUUUAAAAUCAGUAAAUGAAGUAAAACAACAAAAGUUACAUUAGAAUUAGUAAAUACACCAAAGUAUGGAGGGUUAUUUAAAAAUGCCUUAGAAUGUUAUCUGAAUGUACAACACAAGUGAUUUGCUUAAUAUGAUGACUGUUAGCAGGUGUUUAUACUAUACAAUCACAAAUAUAAUGGUAAAUACAGAAUUCAGGAUAUUUAAAAAAAUAAGAAUUUAAGAUUGAUAAAAAUUUUCUUGCAGCUUUGUGAAAGAUUUGUGUAAAACCUGCAUGAAAAGUGAAUAGAAUGCUUCCUAGCAUUAAUGUCAAAUCUAAAUCAAUGCUGCUUACCAGCUGAAAAAAACAUAGAAGAAAAAAUACCUGAUUCACAGUAUACACUUCCCAAAGUCUUGCAUUUUAGUAAUGGGAAUGAAUUAAAUAAUGUCACAUUUUCACUGUGGUUUAGAAUUUUAUCAUUAGAUUAUAAAUUGGUGGAUUUAUGAAUUAACAUCAGCAGUCCAAGACAAACCAUUUGCAAGGAUGGCGCAAUAUAUAUUUUUUGUAAUCUCUGAAAUAUCCAUAUUGCUAAUCAUAACCAGUUUUUGCUUGAAAAUAUAAAGUGUCUUUUAACACUCUCAAACUUUUAGAGCACCCAAGAUUAUUGUCAGUUUGCACUAUUUAUUAUUUGCACUUCAGGGUGUGUGGAAUUAUCCUUUUUAUGAAGUAUAUUUGUUUUCUUUCCAUGCAAUUAUUAGUUACAUAUUAAUUUAUGGGAUAGUUGACGUUCCACUGUAGUUGCUACUAGAAUUAUAUUCUAGGAACAUGCAGACUUUUUUAAUUAAGUGCUCAGAGCUGUGCCAAAGUUCAAGGUGUUUCUUAUUUUGCGCUGGGAAAGAUGGAAAGAGACAUAAAGCAUAAUUUGAAUGUGUUAUGUGUAUAAAGUUCUUCUGUAUGCAUUGUUUCAUAUUUUUUCAUAUUUAUUUUGUGUUAUUUUAUUUUUUACUUAGCACUAUAGCCAGACAUUGGUUGAAUGUGGUGAAUCAAAAUGUGAUAACUGACAUUGAAGUUUAGUUUUUUAUGUUCCACACUGAAACUCAAAGAAGUACAAUGGGUUCCUACACUUAAUGAGUUUUUGGUUUUUUUGGGGGGUUUUUUUGUUUGUUUUUAAGUUAAACUGUGUUAUAGAUAAAGAUGCACAACAGGGUGAGUUAUAUUUGCAUGUGUAAAGUAAUAUACUAAAAAAUCUUUGCUUUUUUAAUAAGAAGUCAACUUACUUUUAACUGUCAACAAAUCAUGAGAGUGCUACACUUUUACAAAGUAUAUAAACCAAGAGUUUAUGUCAGAAUUUUCAUCAUUUCCAAUGUACCGUGGUUUUACUGAAUGGAAAUUAAUUGGAGACUAAGGACAGUUACCAAUCUCACUGAUUAUCCUGUUAAUGAUGCUGUGAGCAUCCUUAAAAUGUUACAAAACAGAAUCUAGUGUCUAUUCCCAAACAAGCCUUGUCAGAUUGUAUGGUUAAAUUAUGUUUUAUUGCUGGAGAUGUGUGUUGCAAAGUUACUGCAGAACUGGAUCGAAUUUCAUUACAUCUAGUAAUCACUGCUUUCCUCACAUUUUAUGAAGUAUUACAUUUUCUGUUUGGAGUCAGAAUACACUGAGAAACUCUAAAGCCAUGCAUCACUGUUAAAUCACAUUACACAAUAUGUCUUUAACAAUGGUCUCUGGUUCAGAUUAGGCAAUCAAGAAUACCAUAAAUUCCUGCCAUGUCAUGAUGGUCAAGAGACUGACAACACUACAUAUCACCGUUCAUUUCCUUAUUGCUAGUUUUUGCGCAAGUUCAUAGGUCAUCAGGGGAGGAUGGUCAAGAACAAUCAUGGCUAUCAAGGAACAUGUUGUAGGAGUUGACAAACUAGGCAGGGAAGUACCAGAAAAUUCUGACAUACUAGACAUUUUGUCAGGGUGUUGUGGGACAUCCCAGAUGCCACAUCACUGUUUUUCAAUUAAGUCAUGCUACAAGUCUCAUUCCUGACUGAAUUUGUAUAGUCUGAUCCCGGCAUAACACAGAUUGCCUAAGUACUUUCAUUUACUUUAUGUAAGGACAGUCUUGGCUUAAUCUUGUGUCAGAUAAUCUUAGCUGUUCAUCUGAGUGAAAUCUGCCUGGCAUCAGAGCAAAUCAGAUUAUGACUAUAAGGGCAAAUCAAGACACAAUAAAGCUUUCAAUAACUGACUACAUGUUUGGAUAUAGACAACCAAUCAAAAUAUGAAAAAUCAACUGUGAACUAGAUGAGCUUGUGAUCGAUGCCUCUAAUGCUUUUCUUCUGUGAAACAGUGAAAAUGCACUAGUUACUUUACAGCUCAUCUUGAAAACAAAUCAAGCUUCAGAUAAAAAGAUGUCUUGAUUUCCAUGACAACCACAGAUGUAGAGUAACAGGUACCUUUAACCACAUGCAUGACUAACAUUGUUUUUCCAGUUUAGAUCAACUGAAAUUACUUCAACAGUCAACAGCUUAUCUGGAUCAUAACACACACAAAUGCUCUGUCAUCUGUGCCCUUACUCUUUGACUAUCUCACUCUUUCUCUCUCUCUGACACACACACACACACACAUAUGUGCAGAGUUCUGUCUUUUUCCAACACUUCCCUUAAUCUUUUUCUCUCCCAACAACCUCCCACUAUUACGAUCCCUCCCCCAUCCCUGCUCAGGCCUGCGAGUGAUAGUAUGAGUAUGUCUGCAGCUUUGUUUGAAAUAUAUACCUUGUGAACUUGCAUCUUGCCUCUUUACAUUCCCAAACCCAUAUCUAAUGUAGAAAAUAGAAUCAAGUGGAAGUAUUACCUUGUGCUUUUUCUGAUGUUUGUGUGCAAUUUCCCCUUCUGCUCACUCUAAGGCAACUGAUGUAAAGGGAGCCACUAUUAAAAAAAAAUAAAACUUGAAAACAAGCCACAAUAAAUGAACUGCGGAAAUUA